AUGGUACUAGAAGACUAUCGAUUGACUCCCAAGCUUGCAAGAGCCAGGCGAAUGAGCAUUUUAAGAAGCAAGAGGUUGAACCAUACUUUGAAUGUCAAUGAUAUUCUUAGAUAUAGUUUUUCUGAUUUUCUUGAUACAUCUCUAAAAGAUCAUUCACCUCAAGUCGUGCUUCCUCUCAAGAGAACUUCUUCAGCUGUUUCAAAUGACAGUAUUAGUCGCUUCAUAUCAACUGAGAAAGGUCAUUCAAGUUGUACAGGUCACCAAAUGUUUAAAGUGAAUUUUCAUGAUCCUGUGAAUUUGAGUUCUAAUAUCUCCAGCAGCCGAGAUAAGAAAAAAGUUACAUUAAAGGGAACAUUAGGAACUCCUUUGUUAGAUGUUACAAAUGUAGGUUGGAAUAAUAGCAGCAGAUAUAAAUCAUGUACCCUUAGUAACACUAAUGCAAAUUUACAAAAGGAUAAAAGUCAUAAACCUACCUACGUUGAUGGUGCUGAUUAUCUAUUUUGCAACAAUAAAAUAAUAACCUCUUCAAGCAUGAAUAAUAAUUUGGAGAGUUGUAUUAUACAUAAUCACAAGAGAUUCACCAAGCAAACAGAUACAAUUAUCAGAGAAGUAUGUAGAAGUAACAACAAGCUAUUUACAUCUUCUGUUCAUGACCUUGGACAGUCUUCUAAAAAUGCAAAUAAUGUAAUUCAUGAUUCCAAUGUAUCAGAUUUAUAUCAUCAUGAAGUUGUUGAUGUAUUCGAUGACAUUAAUUUAGAAAGUGAUUACUCUAUUGAUUUUCAUGACGACAAUAUCAUUGAUGAAAGUGCGACUGCAUACGAGAUUGACAGCUUAGUUAUUGAUGAAGAAGCUUUUUGGGAUGCGGGUGAUCCUUCUCAUACAUGUAUAUAUUGCAAAGCUUUGAUGUGGGAUCAUGAGAGACUUUCAAAGAGUAUCAAUAGUGUCACUCCUCAUUUUGGUUUGUGCUGUAUGGAUGGCAAAGUUGAGUUGCCCUUAAUGAAACAGGCCCCAGAUAAUCUAAAAGCAUUGUAUUUUUUGGACGAUGAAAUGGGCCGAUACUUUCGAAAAAACAUAAGGGCAUUUAAUGCAAUGUUUUCAUUCACAUCAAUGGCUGGCAAGAUUAACCAUAAAAUUAACAAUGGUUCCGGUCCGCCGUCAUUUAUUUUGAGUGGCCAGAACUAUCACUCAAUCGGAAGUCUUAUUCCACAAGCAAAUGAAAAACCAAGAUUUGCACAGCUCUACAUUUAUGAUACGGACAACGAGAUUCAUAACAGAAUUAGUGCUGUUCUCCCAGUAAGUUCGGUGGGUAAUCUUGAACAUGAUAUAGUUUUUGUUGAUGUAUUCGAUGACAUUAAUUUAGAAAGUGAUUACUCUAUUGAUUUUCAAGACGACAAUGUCAUUGAUGAAAGUGCGACUGCAUACGAGAUUGACAGCUUAGUUAUUGAUGAAGAAGCUUUUUGGGAUGCGGGUGAUCCUUCUCAUACAUGUAUAUAUUGCAAAGCUUUGAUGUGGGAUCAUGAGAGACUUUCAAAGAGUAUCAAUAGUGUCACUCCUCAUUUUGGUUUGUGCUGUAUGGAUGGCAAAGUUGAGUUGCCCCUAAUGAAACAGGCCCCAGAUAAUCUAAAAGCAUUGUAUUUUUUGGACGAUGAAAUGGGCCGAUACUUUCGAAAAAACAUAAGGGCAUUUAAUGCAAUGUUUUCAUUCACAUCAAUGGCUGGCAAGAUUAACCAUAAAAUUAACAAUGGUUCCGGUCCGCCGUCAUUUAUUUUGAGUGGCCAGAACUAUCACUCAAUCGGAAGUCUUAUUCCACAAGCAAAUGAAAAACCAAGAUUUGCACAGCUCUACAUUUAUGAUACGGACAACGAGAUUCAUAACAGAAUUAGUGCUGUUCUCCCAGUAAGUUUGGUGGGUAAUCUUGAACAUGAUAUAGUUUGUAUGCUGAAAAAUAUGCUAGAUGAGCAUAAUCCUUUGGCACAGUCGUUCCGUUAUGCUCGGGAUAGAUUCACCGAGUCACAUUCUCUUGAUAUGAAGUUAAAACUGAUUAGGCGUAGGGAAAAAGAUGGUCGGCGAUACAACUUGCCUACUGCAUCAGAAGUUGCAGCAUUGGUAGUUGGUGACAUUGAUGAUUCUUUAUUGGACAGAGAUAUCAUAUUGGAAACCAAAUCAAAACAACUAAAGAAGAUUGAUGUUAUCCAUCCAUUGUAUUUGGCUUUGCAGUAUCCUCUUAUUUUUCCAUAUGGUGAGGAUGGAUAUAGAACAGGCAUCUUAGCAGCUUCUCGAUACAAUGUUGACGGUUCAAAGAAGAGGAAUACAAUAAGCAUGAGGGAAUUCUUUGCAUUUCGACUGCAAAUGAGGUCAUCUGAGUCACCAAUUCUGCUUAACUCCCGUAGGUUGUUCCAACAGUUCUUGGUUGAUGCAUAUACUAUGGUAGAGUCUGAGUGUCUUAGUUUUCUUCGUUUCAACCAACCAAAGUUGAGGGUUGAAAAGUACAAGUUAUUGCAUGAGUCUUUAGUUAGAGGUGAAGCAGAUGCUGUUUCAAGUGGUCAAAGAAUAAUUCUCCCAAACACUUUUACGGGUGGACCUAGAUACAUGUUUAAUAAUUGCAAGGAUGCAUUUGCUCUUUGCAAGCAUUUUGGUUAUCCAAGUUUUUUUGUCACCAUCACAUGCAAUCCUGAAUGGGAUGAGAUAAAGCGCUUAUUAAUUGGUACUGGCCUUAAAGCAGAAGAUCGUCCUGAUAUUACAUCAAGAGUUUUUAAGAUUAAGCUAAACAACUUAAUCAGAGAUUUUAAGUAUGGUGAUAUUUUUGGAAAGAUUUCUGGAUAUGUAUGCACUAUUGAAUUUCAGAAGAGGGGUCUUCCUCAUGCUCAUAUUUUGUUGUUCAUGCAUCCUCUUUCAAAACCUAGGUCUCCUGAUGAUAUAGAUAAGUUAAUAUCGGCACAAAUACCCGAUAAACGUCGAAGGCCUAAGUUAUAUGCUGCUGUUGAGAAAUUCAUGGUUCAUGGUCCAUGUGGCAAGUAUAACAAGAAUAGUCCUUGCAUGGUAAAUGGUUUGUGCUCCAAAUAUUUUCCCAAACAAUUUAGACAACGUACUGUUGUUGAUGAAGCUGGGUUCCCAAAGUAUUGUAGGCCAAAAAAUGGUCGCACCAUAAUAAAAAAGGGUGCAACUCUUGAUAACUCUUUUAUUGUCCCGUACAACCCAACUUUGUUAUUAAGGUAUGGUUGUCACAUUAAUGUUGAGCAUACUUGCCAAACUUCUGCCAUCAAAUAUUUAUUCAAGUAUGUUCACAAAGGAAAUGAUCGUGUUACUGCUUCAUUCUACCAGACAUCAGUUAAUGGUAAUGCUCCUCCUAUUGUGGAUGAGAUUAACAACUAUUAUGAUUGUAGAUACAUUUCUGCAUGUGAAGCUGCUUGGAGAUUAUAUGGUUAUGAUAUUCAAGUUAAGGAGCCUGCUGUUAUCAGACUUCCAUUUCACCUACCAGAUGAGAAUCCUGUUAUUUUCAAGGAAUACGAGGGUAUUCAGGAUGUCCUUAGUCGUGUUGAUGCGAAGUUCACUAAAUUACAAGCAUGGUUUGUUGUGAAUAAAUAUUUUCCAUUGGCUAGGUCAUUGACCUAUUGUGAGUUUCCACAGAAAUUUGUAUGGAAGGACGAUAUUUCAAUGUGGAUUCCAAGGAAACAAGGUUAUUCUAUUAGUAGGUUGACACAUGUUCCUAGAGGUAAUGGCGAGGAUUAUUAUCUUAGACUUCUUCUCAACAUUCAGAAAGGUUGCACCAGUUUUGAGGAAAUACGCACUGUUGAUGUUGUUACACACAACACUUUCAAAGAAGCAUGCUAUGCAAACUAUGUUCGUGACCUUUUUGUUGAUGCUAUUCUUGAAGAAAGUACUUGGGCUUCAGCCAACUAUGUUCGUGACCUUUUUGUCAUGCUUCUGAUAUCAAACAACAUAGCAUGUCCAGAUUUUGUUUUAGAAAGAUGCUAUAAAGAAUUAUCUGAGGAUAUUUUAUUUGAGCAAAGAAGAAUUCAUCAUGUUCAAGAUCUUCAUUUGUCUGACGAGCAUAUCAUGAACUUGACCCUUGCAAAAAUUGAAGACAAGAUGCAAGCUAAUGGAAGGUCUCUUAAAGAGUUUCCAGCGAUGCCCUACCCAUCAUUAGAUCUUUUUCAUGGUUUAGAAGAUCGCUUAUUGUUGGACGAGGUUAAUUUUGAUCGUUCUUUGCUUAAGCAGCAAUAUAUGCAAUCUCUAAAGACCAUGACAGAUGAGCAACGAUCUGCAUUUGACACCAUUGUUGAUUCCGUAAACAAUGAUCGCGGCGGAUUUUUCUUUCUAUAUGGUUAUGGUGGUACUGGCAAGACGUUCAUCUGGAAUACUCUUUCUGCUUAUCUUAGAUGUGGUGGGAACAUUGUUCUUAAUGUUGCUUCAAGUGGCAUUGCUUCUUUACUACUUCCUAAUGGUCGUACUGCUCACUCAAGAUUUAAAAUACCGUUAAGCAUCAAUGAGGACUCUAUAUGCAACAUAAAGCCGGGAACACCUCUUUGUAAACUUAUUUGUAAAGCAAAGCUUAUUAUAUGGGAUGAGGCACCAAUGUUAAGUAAGUAUUGUUACGAAGCUCUUGACAAGUCUCUAAAAGACAUUCUUCGCUUUCAGCCAUCGUUUAAUCCAAACCUUCCAUUUGGUGGCAAAGUUGUUGUACUUGGCGGAGACUUCAGGCAGAUUCUUCCAGUAAUACCUAUGGGUUCACGGCAAGAUAUUGUGCAAGCAUGCAUUAGUUCAUCUUAUCUAUGGGAUUUUUGCACAGUCUUAAAGCUUUCAAAGAAUAUGAGGCUUACUGUUGGUGGUAUGGUUGAAGUUGAUGAUGAUAUCAAAGUUUUUGCAGAUUGGUUAAUUCAAAUUGGGAAUGGAUUGGCAGGUGAUUCAACAGAUGGUGAGUCAGAAGUAGUCAUCCCUAAAGACAUACUUAUUGAUGAUACUGAUGAUGGGUUUCAGAAUUUGGUUACAUUUGUCUACACAGGGUUAUUGAUGAACUUGGAUAACAUUAAUUAUUUCAAGGAGCGCACGAUUCUGGCACCCACUCUUGAAGUUGUCCAUGAGGUCAAUAACACAAUUAUGGAAUUUAUUAAUAGUGAUGAAAAAGUUUAUCUUAGUUCAGACUCAUUAUGUGCUGAAGAGGGCAACAUGGAAUACGAGUUGGAUGCUAUUACAACUGAUGUUCUAAAUUCGAUAAAUUGCUCAGGUUUGCCCAACCAUCAGUUGAAACUCAAAAUUGGUGUACCUGUGAUGCUUCUAAGGAAUAUAGACCAAAGCAAUGGACUUUGCAAUGGUACUCGAUUACAGGUUCGUAGACUUGGAAAUCAUGUAAUUGAAUGCAACAUCUUGACGGGAGACAAGUGUGGUGAAGUAGUUCUCAUUCCACGCAUGAAUAUGGCUCCGAAUAAUGAAACUCUACCUUUCAGGUUUCAACGUAGACAAUUUCCUUUGGUAGUCUCUUUUGCAAUGACCAUAAAUAAAUCUCAAGGUCAAACUUUGAGUAAAGUUGGUUUAUACUUACCUAGACUUGUUUUUACACACGGACAAUUAUAUGUUGCGUUGUCUAGGGUGAAGUCUAGAGAGGGUUUGAGAGUUUUGAUAAAGAAUAAUGGAUCACUAAGUGAUGAUUCUACCUUAAAUGUUGUGUAUAGGGAAGUUUUUCAGAAUCUCUAA